AACAAAGCAAUGCAAAUCGAUGAGCCAACUACAGCAAGUGCACGGCCACACAAUCACCAGCGGUGUCUUACCCCUCUACACCCUCCCAAUCUUAAACAACAUCCUCUUCACCCUCACUUCUUUGCUCACUUCCCCUAACACCACAAAAACAACAACCUACGCACUCUCGCUCUUCCAUUCCAUCCCAAACCCAACCACAUUCACCUUCAACACCCUCAUCAGAAUCCACACUCUCCUCUCUCUCCCUCUCCAUGCUCUCCACCUCUUCUCCUCUCUCCGCCGCCUCUCUCUCCCCCUUGACUUCCACACCUUCCCCUUUGUCCUCAAAGCCACUGCCCAACUCCCUUCCCUUCCUCUCGCUCUCUCUCUCCACUCCCAAGCCUUCAAGUUCGGAUUUUUAACCCAUUUCUUCACGCUCAACUCCCUCAUUCACCUCUACUCCGUUCACGACCGUGUCCACGAUGCCCACAAGCUCUUUUGCGAGAGUUCCUACAAGGAUGUUGUCUCCUACAAUGCCAUGAUUAAUGGGUUUGUUAAAACUCGCCAGAUUUCGCGCGCGCGUCAACUGUUCGACGAAAUGCCCCUGCGAGAUGAGGUGUCUUGGAGCUCCAUGAUAGCGGGUUAUCGACACGUGAGACUGUGUAAUGAAGCCAUUGUGCUUUUCAAUGAGAUGAUGGGUUUAGAGGUUAAGCCGGGUAAUAUAGCGUUGGUGUCGGUUCUCUCUGCUUGUGCUCAGUUGGGGGAGUUGGAACAGGGUAGGGUCGUUCAUGAUUACAUUCAAAGAAAUGGGAUUCGAAUUGAUGCGUUUUUGGCAACUGGGUUGGUGGAUUUGUAUGCAAAGUGUGGGUGUCUUGAGACUGCAAGGGAUGUAUUUGAGUCGAGUGUUAAUAAAGAUGUGUUUACGUGGAAUGCAAUGCUUGUUGGGUUUGCAAUUCAUGGGAAAGGUUCGGUUUUGUUGCAGUAUUUCUCUAGAAUGAUUGCGGAGAGGGUUCAGCCUGAUGGGGUGAGUUUCUUGGGUGUGUUGGUGGGGUGUAGCCAUGCGGGUUUGGUUCAUGAAGCUCGAAGGGUUUUCAGCGAGAUGGAAAGUCUAUAUGGGAUUCCUCGUGAGGCCAAGCAUUAUGGGUGCAUGGCUGAUAUGUUGGCGAGGGCUGGGUUGAUUGAAGAAGCGGUGGAGAUCAUAAGAGGGAUGCCAAACGGGGGUGAUGUGUUUGCGUGGGGUGGGUUGCUUGGUGGAUGUAGGAUACAUGGGAAUGUUGAUAUUGCAAAGAAAGCAGCGCAGCAAGUGAUGGAGAUAAAGCCUGAAGAUGGUGGGGUUUAUUCUGUCAUGGCUAAUAUAUAUGCACACACCGAACAAUGGGAUGAUUUAGUGAAGAUUAGGAAGUCACUGGGGGCUAACAGAAGGGCCACGAAGAUCACUGGUCGUAGUUUGAUUAGACUGAAUAAUGUUACCUAGCUAGAUGCCGAUCAUAUUGCUAAAGGCGGCGCAAAUCAAUUUUUAACUUCUAACACCGAAGACCAUGACUGUAUAGAUCAAUCGGUUCUUCGCAUAGAUUUAAUUGUAGCUAAUUGUUCUUUUUCUACAGUUUAUUAUCAACAACUUGCAUAAAGAAAAUAUUACUUGAACAGCUGAGAAAGAACACUUUUAAGUGUCUUUUUGUAAUAGAGAUGUAGUUUUAAAAUGGGUAUAUAUAAAAAAAGUAUUUCUCUCUGCAAAAUAAUGUUUAUAUUUCCCGGCCAAUUAAGUAUAGUUGAAGAAUUAAUUUAACUAUUCAUUCCAUAUCAAAUUUCUAAGUUAGACUAUCACAAAUUUACCCAAUCCCUUGUUGAGA